CACUGACAUGUAUGUGUGAAGCUUGGGAAGAAAUACUGAUGCAAAUGGAUUCUCGUCUCACCAAGUUUGUGCAGGAAAAAAACACAACUACGUCAGUGCAAGAUGAAUUCAUGCAUUUGCUGCUGUGGGGGAAGGCAAGUGCUGAACUUCAGACCCUGUUAAUGAACCAGUUAACAGUAAAGGGUUUAAAAAAGCUUGGCCAGUCUAUAGAAUCAUCAUAUUCCAGUAUACAAAAAUUGGUUAUAAGUCACUUGCAGAGUGGCUCAGAGUCUUUAUUGUACCAUUUGAGUGAACUGAAAGGAAUGGCUUCAUGGAAGCAAAAAUAUGAACCUCUUGGACUAGAUGCUGCAGGAAUUGAAGAUGCUAUUACUGCUGUGGGCUCUUUCAUACUCAAGGCAAAUGAACUUCUCCAAGUUAUAGAUAGUAGUAUGAAAAACUUCAAAGCAUUUUUUCGAUGGCUCUAUGUGGCAAUGUUGAGAAUGACAGAAGACCACGUGCUCCCCGAACUGAAUAAGAUGACUCAAAAAGAUAUCACAUUUGUUGCUGAAUUCCUUACUGAACACUUCAAUGAGGCUCCAGACCUCUAUAAUCGAAAAGGAAAAUACUUCAAUGUUGAAAAAGUUGGUCAGGUAUGGGCUUUCAGUUGAACUUGUGACUUAAUUUUUAAAACUUUAAUGGUAG